AUGUCUGAUACCACUUCUUAUAUUAACCAUGUAGCUAAUGUAACUAGCAGUACUCUUGGUGUCGUAAAAGUUUUUUCAAAUUCUUCCGCUGUUGUUGCUGACGCUAUUGUACCAUUCUUUCCUUUAAUAACUGAAAUAUCAAGUAUAGUUAAUGAAAUAAUUUCUCUUUAUCAAACUGCUGAACAUAAUAAACGUAUUUGUGGUUCACUUCUUGCCCGUGCUACAGCUGCUCAAACUGCUGUAAAUAAUUUAGAAAUUCGUAGAUUUGAAAAUGAAGAUUUAUUUAAAUCAAAAGAAUAUUAUAAAAGUUUUCAAAAACUUGUUAAUAUUAUCAGUAAAAUUAAAGUUUUUAUUGAACAAGUUUCUCAAAUUAAAGGUUUAAGAAGAUUUUUAGCUUCUAAAUCUAUUGAAGAAGAAUUUAAAAUUUUAACUGAAGAAUUUGAUGGAUUAAUGCGUUUAUUGAAUUUUACUAUGGCUGUACAAAAUCAUAUACAAAUGGAAGAAGAUAGAAAGAUUCUAAAACAAGAUAUUUCCGAGAUGACAAAGUACCUUAGAGAGAUUGAAGGUGGUAUAACCAGUAUCACCGAUAAUAUGACUCUAAUUAAUUCAAAAUUAGAUGAUAUUACUCAAUUAAAUUUAGCAUGGCAAAAGAAAUUAUUAAACAAUGAUGAAAGUAUUUUUGAAUCCGCUUUGGUUAAGACGACUGAUUUAUGUGAUCCUCCUAAUCCAGUAAAACGUGGAAAAAUUUCAAAAAAAUCUUUAAAUUAUGAAGAUGUAGCUGUUAAAGAAAUAUUCUUUGAAUCUAAUGAUCAAGAUAUUAUUAAAGAUGUUUUUAGUCAAGUUGUUAUCUUAAAAAAAUUAAAAGAAUCUCAAUAUAUUCUUCAAUUUUAUGGUAUAGUUCAAGAUGGUAAUGUUAUGCAUAUGGUUACUGAAUGGUGUGAAUAUGGUAAUUUACAAGAUUUUUAUCGUGGUUAUGGUCCUCUUACUUGGUUUCAAAAAUCUUCUAUGGCUGUUGAUAUUGUUCGUGGUUUAACUUUUCUUCAUACUGUAUCUAUUUUACAUCAUGAUAUUCGUUCGGAAAAUAUUUUAAUUACUAUUCAUCAACAAGCUAAAAUUGCUAAUUUUACUUUAAGUCGUGGUUUUAAUGAUCCUACAAAAAAUGUUUUACCCACUAUUGAAAUGGUGAGAUGGAUGGCUCCUGAAAAAUUGAUUCGACCAUCAUUUACUAUCGGUGUUCCAAUUGAAUAUUCUAAAAUUUCUUAUCAAUCAAUGCAAGAUAGUCCAAAUGCUCGUCCUGCUCUUAAAAAUAUUUUUAUAACUCUUUAUAGUCUUUAUCAAAAAUUUCAACCUAAAUCUUCUCAACGUCCUGUUACUCCUCGUAUGUCAACUGAUGAAGAUUUACCAGAAAUCGAUCCAAAUGAACUUGCUUUGGAUGAUUUAACUUUAACUUUUAAUGUAUUGAGUAUGAAAGAAGCUAUUGCUGAACAUAGGAAAAAGAAUGGUGAUAAAUUAAAAGUAUGGGAAGCAUUUAAAGUACAUGCUGAAGAAUUUGGUGAUAUUACUGCGAGAUAUUGGGUAGGUUAUUAUCUUUAUUAUGGACUUUGUCCAAUAGAUGAACCUGAUACCGAAGAUAAGAAAAAUGUUCGUUUAGCAAAAGCUGCAGCAUUAUUUAAAGAAGCAGCAGAUACUGGAUUAGCUGAUGCUCAAUUACGUUAUGGACAUUGUUUAUGGUUAGGAGAAGGUAUUCAAAAGAAUAUAAGAGAAGCAAUUGAAUAUUUUCAAAAGUCAGCGGAUAACGGUAAUACUACUGCAUUGUAUAAUAUUGGUAAUCUAUAUUAUAAUGGUUCAGGAGUUCCUCAGGAUAAGGAACUAGGGAUUAGAUAUUUAAGAAAGGCUGCUCUGCAAGGACAGCCUAAAGCAUUAGAGAUGUGUAAAAAGAAAGAAAUUGGAUUGGUGGCUCUUUUAAAAAAUAUUCAAAUUCAUGUUCCAGAAAUAAUUUCUAUAACUUCAAUUUAUGUUCAUUUCGUACAACCACUCAACGAAGAAGCACUUAUAAUUUUAAAUGAUCCUGAAUCUAUACAAAGAAAAAUUCUUGAUAAUUUAUUAUUUUAUGGAAUUUCUAAUCAAGUUUCAAAUGAUUCUGAUCAUGAAAAUUUUUUGAUUAAUCAACUUAAACAAUGUUUAACUUCUGAUUUAACAAUUUUAGAAAAUAAUCAAAAUUUCUUUUUAGUAACUCCUCGUCCUGGUACUAUAUCACCAUGGUCUUCAAAAGCCACUAAUAUCGCUCAUAUGUGUAAUUUAAAAAAUUACGUUGAACGUAUUGAACGUGGUAUAGCAUAUUUGUUUAAUACAAAAAAAUUUACAAAUUUACCUUUUAUUACUUUGGAAAAAUUAUAUUUAUUCGAUCAUUAUUUAUAUGAUCGAAUGACUCAAAUUUUAAUCACCUCUAUUCCUGCUUCUGAUUCUAUAUUCAAACAUGGUUUUCCAUCACCUUUAAGAUUCAUAAAUCUUUUAAAUGAUGAUGAUAAAAAUAUUAUAAUAGAUCAUAAUUUAGCAAAAGAUAAAUUAGUUAAAGGAAAUCAAAAACUUGGACUUGCACUUGCUGAUGAUGAAAUAGAUUAUUUAGUUGAUGCUUUUAUUGGUAAUAAUUCUUUAAAUAGAAAUCCAACAGAUGUGGAACUUUUUAUGUUUGCUCAAGUUAAUUCGGAACAUUGUCGACAUAAGAUUUUUCGUGCUGAUUGGAUGAUAGAUGAUGAAAAGAAACAAUUUUCUUUAUUUGAUAUGAUUCGUAAUACUCAUAAUUUACAUCCAAAUCGUACGAUCUCUGCAUAUUCAGAUAAUGCUGCUGUAUUACAAGGAUUUAAAGCUACAAGAUUUGCACCAAAUUAUUAUAAAGAUCAUGAAUAUAUUUUAUUUGAUGAAGACGUUCAUAUGGUAGCAAAAGUUGAAACUCAUAAUCAUCCAACUGCUGUUUCACCAUUUCCUGGUGCAUCUACUGGAUCAGGUGGUGAAAUUAGAGAUGAAGGAUCUGUUGGACAAGGAUCAAAGCCCAAAGCUGGAUUAACAGGAUUUAGUGUAUCAAAUCUUUUAAUUCCAGAAUUUAUUCAACCUUGGGAAAUUGAUUUUGGAAAACCUAAUCAUGUUGCUUCUGCUUUAGAUAUCAUUAUUGAAGCUCCUCUUGGUGGUGCUGCUUUUAAUAAUGAAUUUGGUCGUCCAAAUAUUACUGGUUACUUUCGUACAUUUGCUCAAAAAGUACCUACAAUUAAUAAUAAACUUGAAAUUCGUGGAUAUCAUAAACCUAUAAUGAUCGCUGGAGGUGUAGGAACUAUUCGACCAAAUCAUACUUUUAAAAAAAAAAUUACACCAGGUGCUCAUUUAUUUAUACUAGGUGGACCCGCAAUGUUAAUUGGUCUUGGUGGUGGUGCUGCUUCAUCUAUGGCUAGUGGUGCUAGUACGGCUAAUUUAGACUUCGCAUCCGUACAACGUGAUAAUCCUGAAAUGCAACGUCGUUGUCAACAAGUAAUUGAUGCGUGUACUGCAUUAGGAGAUACCAAUCCUAUCCAAUCAAUACAUGAUGUUGGUGCCGGUGGAUUAUCUAACGCGUUACCAGAAAUUGUACAUGAUAGUGAUUUAGGGUGUAUUGUUAGAUUACGAGAUAUUCCUAAUGAUGAUUUAAGUAUGUCACCAAUGGAAAUUUGGUGCAAUGAAGCUCAAGAACGUUAUGUUUUAGCAGUAACAUUGGAAAACAUUGAAUUAUUCAAACAAAUUUGUAUACGUGAAAGAUGUCCAUUCGCAGAUGUUGGUAUUGCUACAGAAAAACAAGAUUUGAUUUUAGAGGAUUCUUUAUUGAAUUCAACUCCGAUAAAUUUACCAAUGUCUGUUUUGUUUGGCAAACCACCAAAGAUGUCUCGUAGAACAAAUACAGUAAAACCAUUACGUAUACCAUUUGACACAAGCUUGAAAAGUUAUCUUACAAAUGUUAUUAGUAAUAAGGAUAUUCUCAAAGAUGCUAUUAGUAGAGUUAUUCGUUUACCUUCUGUAGCUUCAAAAUCAUUUUUAAUCACUAUCGGUGACCGUACUAUUACUGGGUUGGUAGCACGAGAUCAAAUGGUUGGACCUUGGCAAGUACCUGUUUCUGAUGUUGCUGUCACGACGACAUCUUAUGGAAUUGGUGUCAUUACUGGUGAAUCCAUGGCCAUAGGAGAAAAAGCUCCACUUGCUUUAAUUUCACAAGCAGCAUCUGCACGUAUGGCAAUUGCAGAGGUUAUAACUAAUCUUGCAGCUGCAAAUAUUGAAACCAUUUCUCAUAUACGUUUAAGUGCAAAUUGGAUGUGCGCAGCAAAUCAUGAGGGUGAAGGUUCUGGUCUUUAUGAAGCUGUACAAGCAAUCGGUUUAGAACUUUGUCCAGCUUUAGGAAUAAGUAUUCCGGUUGGAAAAGAUUCUAUGUCAAUGAAAAUGAAAUGGAAUGAUAAAGAUGGAUCUCAAAAUGAAGUGAUAGCUCCUUUGAGUUUGAUUGUUACAGGAUAUGCACCUGUGAUUAAUAUUCAUAAAACUUUAACACCUCAAUUAAAUUCCAGCGUUAAAGAAAGAACAAUUCUUAUAUUUUUAGACUUGGCAAAUGGUAAACAAAGAAUUGGUGGAUCUGCAAUUACACAAGUAUAUCAACAGAUUGGUAAUGAAGUACCUGAUGUUGUAAAUACGGAUGUUAUUAAAUCUUUCUUUAAUAGUAUUCAAAAGAUUCGUAAAUUUGAUGACGAAAUAAUCUUGGCAUAUCAUGAUAGAUCUGAUGGUGGAUUGUUUGUGACUAUAGCUGAGAUGUCAUUUGCUGGACAUGUAGGGGUUAGUGUCAACCUUGCAAACAUCAUACAAAAUAAUGAUGUUAUCAGGGCUCUUUUUAACGAAGAACUUGGUGCAGUCAUCCAAAUCAGACAGCAAGACUUUGAACGAUUGGUCCAAAUAUUCACUGAUGAAGGAUUUCCUCGCGAGGAUAUUCAUCAUAUUGGUGAGACAACAUGUGAUCACCAAGAUAUUUUUAUAAUGACGGGUGAUUCAUUAUUGUUUAGUAUUUCUCGUAUUGAACUACAACGUAUGUGGUCUGAGACAUCUUAUCAUAUACAAUCACUACGUGAUAAUAGUACAUGCGCCCAAGAAGAAUUUGAUAGUAUCUUGGAUAUUGACAAUCCUGGAUUAUAUUAUAACUUGACAUUUGAUCCUGCUGAUGAUGUAUCUUUGCCUUUACUAAAAUCACCAACACGACCAAAAGUAGCCAUUCUUCGCGAACAAGGAGUAAAUGGCCAUACAGAAAUGGCUUUUGCAUUUCAUCUUUCAGGAUUUACUGCAAUCGAUGUUCAUAUGUCUGAUAUACUUUCAGGUGAUGUAACACUUUCGGAUUUUAAGGGAAUCGCAGCUUGUGGUGGAUUCUCUUACGGAGAUGUAUUAGGAGCCGGUUCUGGUUGGGCCAAAUCUAUAUUAUUACACCCUAAAGCCCGACAAGAAUUUUCAAAUUUCUUUCAAAAUCGACAAGAUACAUUUGCAUUAGGUGUAUGUAAUGGAUGUCAAUUUUUGAGUCAAUUAAAAGAAUUAAUUCCCGGUACGGAAAAUUGGCCUUUAUUCAAAAGAAAUCAAAGCGAGCAAUUUGAAUCUCGGUGUAGUUUAGUUGAAAUAAUUUCUUCAAAUAAGACACACUCAAAACCAUCAAUAUUUUUCAAUGGAAUGCAUUCAUCAAUAUUUCCUAUAGCUGUUGCACACGGUGAAGGUAGAGCAGAAUUUUCCAAUGAUGAACAAUUUGAAAAACUGAUGGCUCAAAAUCUUGUCGCAAUGAGGUUUGUAGAUAAUUACGGAAACCCAACGGAAAAGUACCCAUAUAAUCCAAAUGGAAGUCCAUUGGGAAUAACAGGCAUUCAAACACCAAAUGGAAGAGUGCUAGGUAUGAUGCCACAUCCUGAACGUGUAAUUCUUAAGGAGGCGAACUCGUGGUAUCCUGUUGAAGAGGGUGAAAAGUGGGGUGAAGUUGGGCCUUGGUUAAGAAUGUUUAGAAAUGCUAGAGUUUGGGUGGGCUAA